GGUUAUGCGCGAUUUUGGAGUGAGCGCGCAUUCUUUCUUUCCUCGGUAGAACCCUAGGUUUUCUCGUGGCGAUCGGCGCGCGGGCUACCGAGGAAAUCGUCUCAGCUCAGGAUGGAUAAGAAUGUCAGGCGCAAUGUCGUCACGAAUGAGAUCAUUGAAUUGGAGCAUCUUCUGCUGGAAAGAUUGCAAUAUCGAACCGAGCGAUCGGGAAUUGGACUCACGAAUGUCUCGAUGCUACCGGAGCAAGAGCUAUGCCAGAAUUUGCUCGUGGAUGGAAACCCACAGGCUUUUGUUGAGCUCUUCACUAUCACAACCACCUUAAAAAUCGAUCCCACUCCCAAAGAAGAUGAAGAGGCUGGAAUUCUCAAUCCCAUUGCAGAAGCCCAGAAAACCCUUAAACGAAAGGAAACUCUAAGCAGUCUCAGUGAGAAUUUAGCAGCAGCAGAGCUUGCUUCCAGAAUUGAAGACCACGAGAAAGUUUUUGAAGCAAAUUCUGGAACUGGGGAAAUUUUUGAGAAGACUUGCUACUUUGAAAAAUCCAUUGAGUAUUAUUCUAGAAGCCUUGCUGCGGCGAUAAAAACCAAAAAUGACACUCAAAAGUCUCAGGCCAAGUUCAAUCUUGGUAAAAUUUACUGGAAGAUGCAUAAUAGCACAAAAGCAAUCGAAAACUACGAGGAGUGCUUGCAACUCGCAAGAACAAUUAAAUACGACAAGCGCGUCGUGCAAGCUGCUAAAGAGCUUUUGGAGAUAUAUUGGCACUGCGCUGAGAGGUCUCGAGCGCUGCAAGACAUUACAGGAAGCAUCGAAUACUUUGAAAAGGCUAUUAUGAUGGCCGAGGCUUGCGGAAAUGAAUCAAUGGGUGCUGAAGCCAAAUACAACAUUGGAAUGUUGUAUGCAAAGCUACGGAAUCUGGAGAAGUCGCUAGACUAUCAGACGAAAUACCUCGAGUAUUCAUCACAGGCUGGAAACAAGGCUGGUGAAUGCAAAGCAAGGGCUUCCAUGGCUGAAGCUUUUGAAGUUUGCGGAGAUGUUUUAACAGCAGUCAGCCAUCUUGAGCUAUACCUUGAAGCAGCUGAAGACGUUGAUCUCACCACACAAGCGAGGGGUCACUGCCUGCUGGGAUUGCUCUACCAAAGACAACACGAACGCGACAUGGCAUUCGACCAGUUCCAGAGAUACUUUGCUCUGGCUCGCAUCAUCAAAGAGCCCGACUUGUUGGAUGUUGCGCGAGUCAACAUCGGCAUUGUUAAGGACGUUCACGAGUUGUAUUUUGGUGCAUCUGCGGGAUAGCUGUCUCUAACGAGCUCAAACGUAAGCAUUCGCUAUUUGCAUCUUC